AUGACGUGGGAACUCAACCAGAGGCGGUUCGUCCGCGCAAUCAACUCGAAAUACAUCUAUGGGCGCAUCCCUCUGUUGCACACCAUCGUUUUCCUCGUCGAGAUGGCCCUUAUCGCGAGACUCACGGCUCGAUUCAACUCUUACUAUGACGAGCGACCACUCAUGACCAUGAUGGUCACCAACGCCAUCCUCGGUGGUGUCGCCGAUACAGUUGCCCAAUCCAUCACAGCCAUCCGCGAGCGAGCCCUCCGCCAGCCCGGCGGCCUCAAGAAGAACGACGGCAUCGCCAUCGAGAUCCACGAGCUCGACCGCAAGAACCCCUUCUACGACCGCGACCUGAUCCCCGACUCGGAGAACCUUCCGCCGCCCUUCGACUUUGAGCGUCUGACCCGCUUCAUGGCGUACGGCUUCUGCAUGGCGCCCGUCCAGUUCAAGUGGUUCCGCUUCCUCGAGCACAUCUUCCCGAUCACCAAGACGAGCGCUUUUGCUCCCGCCAUGAAGCGUGUUGCGUUUGAUCAGCUCAUCUUUGCGCCUUUUGGUCUGGGUGUCUUCUUUACUACCAUGACCAUUGCUGAGGGUGGAGGUCGUCGUGCUAUCUCUAGCAAGCUUAGGGACAUGUAUCUUCCCUCGCUCAAGGCCAACUACUGUGUGUGGCCUGCUGUGCAGAUUGUCAACUUUCGCUUGAUGCCUGUUCAGUUCCAGCUGCCCUUCGUGUCGACGAUCGGUAUCGCCUGGACGGCGUAUCUCUCGCUCACCAACUCGUCCAAGGACUAA